AUGGAUUACAAAGAGCAACAGACACAAGAAAUUGAAGCUCUUCAAGCGAUAUACCAAGAAGAAGAACUGGAAGUUACAUGCAAUCAAUAUCCGAAUAUUUCAUUGCGGGUCAAUCUCAAGUCAAACCAGGAGAAUGAGUGUGCCUGCGAUUUUGAUGUCGCUCUAGUUAUGCAAUUACCAGAAACGUAUCCGGAUGUUAUUCCACGGAUAUCACUGGAAGGACUUGAUGAUAUUUUCACGGAUGAUCGGGUGCAGCAAGCUGUUCAUAAGUUAGAAGAGGAAGCAUCCAAUAAUCUCGGGAUGGUCAUGGUCUUUUCAAUUGUCAGUGCCUUACAGGAUGAAAUAGGCGUUUUGUUGGAAGAAAAGAAGAAAGAAUUAGAAAAGAAAGUUGAAGAAGAGAAAGAAAAAGCUGAAGCUGUGCUGAGGAAAAAGUUCGAAGGAACUCCUGUUACGCCUGAUUCUUUUCGAGCUUGGAAAGAAAAGUUUGAUAAGGAGCGGAAGGCACUCGUUGAAAAGAAGGAGAAGGAACGUGAAGCUGCGUUAGCUGGUAAACUGACCGGACGACAAUUAUUCUUGAGGGACGCCACGCUGAACCUUUCCGAUGUAGCGCUUAUCGAACAAAGUGUCGAAAUAGACGAAUCAUUGUUCGAUGAGGAAAUCGAUGGUCUCGAUAUCGAUUCGGAUGAGGACUAG